AACACCCACAGAAUCAUUCAAACGAAGUUGGAAUAAACGCUUUAGAAAGAUGGCAGCUGGGAGGGUAACAUGCCUCUUGAUUUUACUUCUGUUUGCUAGCUGGAUCUCCUUUGCACAAGCCAGCCAAGGUGGGGGUAUUCCAGAUUCAAACCAUAAGACAGCUUCAACCGGAAAGGUGAUGAUUAAGGGGCUUCUGGAUGGUGAACGCGGUGUGACUGCUGCUACAAACAAAAACUUGCUAGGAGGAAGAAAAAUGGUGGUUGACAGGCAAAUGAAGGUGAAGGAUGUGAGAAGUGGCGGGGAACAAACUGUCAGUCAUUCCUCUGACGAAGUGGAUGAGUCAGGUUUCGUGGCUUUCAAUGCUGAUUAUCAUGCGCCGAGGCACCACCCGCCCAAGAAUAACUGAGACAGAUAACAUACUGUAGCCAAUAAAGAAUGCUAAACAAUAUAGCGCUGAGGAAUGUUCAAAAUACAGUUCUGGCUUUUGCUUGUAUCUAUGA